GAACAAGGGAAGGGGAAGGUAACGGGGCCGAGGGCUGAUGGGAAAGCCUUGGUGUCAGAGACGGGAAGGGAGUGUCUUCUCAGAGCAGGAAGAAACACACCGAAGAGGAGGAGGAGGAGGAGGAGGAGGAGGGCCAUCAAGGGAUCUCACGGCUUCGGGUACAGAAUCCUCCUGGCAUCAAGAUGUUCUUUACCUGUGGCCCCAAUGAGGCCAUGGUGGUCUCAGGUUUCUGCCGCAGUCCCCCGGUCAUGAUAGCUGGAGGCCGGGUGUUUGUAGUGCCAUGUAUCCAACAGAUCCAGAGGAUCUCACUGAAUACUCUGACCCUGAAUGUGAAGAGCGAGAAAGUGUACACGCGGCAUGGAGUCCCCAUCUCAGUCACUGGCAUUGCCCAGGUCAAGAUCCAGGGCCAGAACAAGGAGAUGUUAGCAGCUGCUUGCCAGAUGUUCCUGGGCAAAUCAGAGCCUGAAAUUGCCCAUAUCUCCCUGGAAACGCUUGAAGGACAUCAGAGAGCCAUCAUGGCUCAUAUGACCGUGGAGGAAAUAUACAAGGACCGGCAGAAGUUUUCUGAGCAAGUUUUCAAAGUCGCUUCUUCUGAUCUGGUCAAUAUGGGAAUCAGUGUAGUCAGCUACACUCUCAAGGACAUCCAUGAUGACCAGGACUAUCUGCACUCUCUGGGGAAAGCCCGAACAGCACAGGUUCAGAAGGAUGCCAGGAUCGGGGAAGCCGAAGCCAAGAGGGAUGCUGGCAUUAAGGAAGCCAAUGCCAAGCAGGAGAAAUUGUCCGCUCAGUUCUUGAAUGAUAUUGAAAUGGCCAAAGCCCAGCGGGACUUUGAGCUGAAGAAGGCUAUGUAUGACAUUGAGGUGAACACGCGGAAAGCAGAGUCGGACCUGGCCUAUCAGCUACAGGUAGCCAAGACAAAGCAGAUGAUUGAGGAGCAGAAGAUGCAGGUGCUGGUGGUGGAACGAACCCAACAGAUUCAGAUACAGGAGCAGGAGAUGAUUCGGAAGGAGCGCGAGCUGGAGGCCAAGGUCAAGAAGCCUGCGGAAGCCGAGCGCUACCGGCUGGAGAAACUGGCCGAGGCAGAAAGGACACAGCUUAUCAUGCAGGCGGAGGCAGAAGCCGAGGCGGUCAGGGUGAAGGGUGAAGCGGAGGCUUUCGCUAUUGAAGCCAAGGCCCGGGCUGAUGCUGAGCAGAUGAUGAAGAAAGCAGAUGCCUUCAAGCAGUACCAAGAGGUGGCCAUGGUUGACAUGCUUCUGGAGAGGCUUCCAGAGAUGGCUGAACAAAUCACCAAACCCAUGGCCUCGGUGAACAAGAUCACGAUGGUGUCAAGUGGGGCUGGAGACGUGGGGGCGGCCAAGAUGACUGGGGAAGUCCUGGAAAUCAUGAACAGGUUGCCGGACACAGUGGAGAAACUGACUGGCAUUAGCAUCUCUCAGCAGAUGAACCAGAAGAAGCCAGGAAGAAUGAACUAGAGGCAGACGAUUUGAGGGGUGCAGUUGGAGGAAGAGAGAUCUUCCGAAGCAUGAACUCCCAUUAUCCUUAGCUGUGUAUCUCCAUAUAUAGCCUUCUUCUCCACCCAGAACCCUCCUGUAAUUGCCAAACCUUUCUGGACUGAACUGUUGCAUGUUGGCCAACGUUAUUCAAAACUGCUGAGGUCUGUUGUGCAGCUGUUGUGUCCCAGUUACAACCCAAAGUGAACCUUAGAAAAUGCUGGUAACCAACCGUCAUUUGUAACACAUGGUUUUGUUGCAAACCCAUUGUGACUCAUAACCACUAUAUGUUACCUGGGUUCUCUCA